AUGGCAGUAGUACUCAAGUAUAUUGUAGCAGAGGUCCUGAUACUCUCUGGCACAUAUAUGUGCGAUUACGAAUAUAAGGGGAAUGCCCAGCUUCUGAUUUCAAUGCUUUGGAUGCUCUACACCGUUUGGGAGGUCCUCGCUUUGUGUCUUUCAGUCCGGAUUGCUGUGAAACAUUUCCAUGACCUGCGACGACUCGGUCUAUCGAGAUCGAUUAUCGGGGACUGUUUCAGAGUGCUGAUGAAAUCUCACGUGCUUUAUUUUGCAAGCUUUGUCUGUGUCUCGUGCAUCCAGUUUGUUACUCUCUCUCCAGAGUUGCAGAAUCCAUAUUUUAUUGGAACUCAAAUCCUCGGUGGUAUUCGUGAAUUCGUCUUCGGCGUGCAGUUGUUUGUGCUGGGACCACGCCUCGUCCUUAGUGUUCGAGAAUAUCACGCCAACCUCAUGGCCGAAUACGACGCAGAAGCUAGCAUAAAUCCAAUUGUAUUCCAGGAGCGUACAAACCCAUUUCUUGUGGCACUACCGGAAGUCGGUGACCCGCCUGCCCAUUAUCCGGAACAUCUAGCAACCAAUCCAGUCCUUGAUGCUCGGACAACUCAUUCUCCGCUGCUUGAGCAUACAGAUGACGAGGAAGAAAAGGAAUGAAUCACGCGGUUUCAUGGCUUGACUGUAUGCCUCUAUCACAAAUGAGUAUGGCAAGGAGAUGGGGUGCGGAGAGAACCAGAGCUUCAAGCCUCAAGCGCACCUGUAAAUUAUUGAUUAGGCAUCG